AUGUCUUCAUCAAGCCAACCUGAACAAGAUCCAAAGACUAAAGCCUUGAGCGCUUACAGAAGAAGGCUUUUAGAGCAUCGUGAAUUAGAUGCUAAACUUAAAGAGAUGCGUCUUGGAUUACGAGCUCUUGAUAAAGAAUACGACAAAUCAGAAGACGACAUCAAAGCUUUACAAAGUGUCGGUCAAGUCAUUGGUGAAGUGUUGAAACAAUUGGACGACGAACGAUUCAUUGUCAAGAAUACAAGUGGCCCUCGUUAUGUUGUUGGAUGCCGUAACACAGUCGAUAAAGAAAAGUUAAAACAAGGUGCUCGUGUUGCACUUGAUAUGACUACCCUGACUAUUAUGCGCAUUUUACCUCGUGAAGUUGAUCCUCUGGUAUAUAACAUGUCAAUAGAGGAUCCUGGUGAUGUCAGUUUUGCUGGUAUUGGUGGCCUCUCUGAACAAAUUCGAGAGCUUCGUGAGGUUAUUGAAUUACCCUUGAUGAAUCCUGAACUCUUUUUACGUGUUGGUGUCAAACCCCCAAAGGGUGUGCUAUUAUAUGGUCCUCCAGGUACCGGAAAGACUUUGCUGGCUAAAGCAGUUGCUAGUACACUUCAAGUAAAUUUCUUAAAGGUGGUUUCCAGUGCUAUUGUUGACAAGUAUAUCGGUGAAAGUGCUAGAUUGAUCAGAGAGAUGUUUGGUUAUGCAAAGGAACAUGAGCCAUGUAUUAUCUUUAUGGAUGAAAUUGAUGCUAUCGGUGGUCGUCGUUUCUCUGAAGGUACAUCUGCUGAUAGAGAAAUACAGCGUACUCUUAUGGAAUUAUUAAAUCAAAUGGACGGUUUUGAUUACCUUGGACAAACAAAGCUUAUUAUGGCUACUAACAGACCUGAUACAUUGGAUCCUGCAUUGCUUCGACCUGGUCGAUUGGAUAGAAAGAUUGAGAUUCCAUUACCCAAUGAGCAAGGACGUUUGGAAAUUUUAAAGAUUCAUGCUGCCAACAUUUCAAAGCAUGGAGAUAUAGAUUAUGAAGCUAUAGUAAAACUCUCGGACGGUUUCAACGGUGCUGAUUUAAGAAAUGUAUGUACAGAAGCAGGCAUGUUUGCCAUUAGAGAAGAACGUGAUUAUUGUAUUCAGGAAGACUUUAUGAAAGCAGUAAGAAAAUUGCAAGAUGCGAAAAAGUUGGAAACAAAGUUGGAUUAUGAAAAGAUUUAA